UCAUUGGUUUCCUGUCCCUCAGGGGUCACUGUCCUUCCUUGUAUAAAGCCCAGGGUCCUCAACAUCAUUGCUUCAUCUGUUUUGUCUGGUUUUUUCCUUUGUACGUGUUUGGUUGUUUAAGGAGGGAGGGUAAAACAGGUAGGUCCCUGCCACACCAUCUUGCCUAGAAGCAUGUUUCCCUACUUUUUAUUUGUGAAUGGGAAUUCGAUGGAAAUUUCUCUCAGGUGUUUCUCACAGUGACUUUAGGGUAAGGCACAUGUGCCUCAGAACCUCCGGGAUACUUGUUAAAAACGAAGGUUUCUGAUCUUCACCCAGGCCUGCUCCACCAGAAUCUCCUGAGUAAGGCUCAGACAGUGCUGUUUGAAUAGCUCUGUGUUACACACACCCAAUUUUAUGAACAUCACGAAAGGCCUGCUUUGGCCAAACUACCAACUAGCUGUAUUCUAACAGGGAUCUGCAGAAAUUUUACCUGAAAGCUGAAGUCCUUUGUGUGGAUGCAGUGAGGCUGCUUGCCUGAGGAGCGACCCGACUAAUUUUUAUUUCCUUAGGCAGGUGACCAUGUUCCUCAGCCACUGAAAAAGGACUUUGCCCUGGCUUGGGUUUCUUUGGUAAAUAAUUGCUUAUGUUGAUUACAAAAUGUCCUUUGUCAAAAACACCUGACCAGUUUUUCUUAAGAAGGAAAACAACCAAAUGGCCUCUGCUAGAGCCUUUACUGGAAAGCAUUUGCAGCUGCUGGUACUUGGGCAAAGGCCACGUGAAACUGGUGCGGCCUUAAGGAGGCUGGAGCUACAGGAACUUCUCCCUGAGUACCACGGAAACUGGACUCACUGAGUAUGAUGAGUUGUGGUUGGUGGCCAUGAAUGGUGACUCCUGUGUCCUUAUCUUGUGGCUGGAGUGUGCAGCAGUUCCCUGCUUAAUGAAGGCAAGAGUCUGGGAAGUCAUCAAUUCCAAACCAGAUGAAAGACCCAGACUCAGCCACUGUAUUGCAGAAUCAUGGAUGAAUUUCAGCAUAUUUCUUCAAGAAAUGUCUCUUUUUAAACAGCAGAGCCCUGGAAAGUUUUGUCUCCUGGUCUGCAGUGUGUGCACAUUUUUUACAAUCUUGGGAAGUUACAUUCCUGGGGUUAUACUCAGCUAUCUACUGUUACUGUUUGCGUUUUUGUGUCCACUGUUUAAAUGUAAUGAUAUUGGACAAAAAAUCUACAGCAAAAUCAAGUCAGUUCUGUUGAAACUAGAUUUUGGAAUUGGAGAAUAUAUUAAUCAGAAGAAACGAGAGAGAUCUGAAGCAGAAAAAGAAAAAAGUCACAAAGAUGACAGUGAAUUAGACUUUUCAGCUCUUUGUCCUAAGAUUAGCCUCACGGUUGCUGCCAAAGAGUUAUCUGUGUCUGACACAGAUGUCUCAGAAGUAUCCUGGACUGAUAAUGGGACCUUCAACCUUUCCGAAGGUUAUACUCCACAGACAGACACUUCUGACGAUCUUGACCGGCCUAGUGAGGAAGUUUUCUCUCGAGAUCUUUCAGAUUUUCCAUCUCUAGAAAAUGGCACGGGAACAAAUGAUGAAGAUGAAUUAAGCCUUGGCUUGCCCACUGAGCUCAAGAGAAAAAAGGAACAUCUGGAAAGUGGUCACAGACCAAGCAAAGAGAGACAAUCAGCAGCUGGUCUCACCCUUCCUCUGAACAGUGACCAAACUUUCCACUUGAUGAGCAACCUGGCCGGGAACGUCAUCACAGCUGCAGUGACUGCUGCUAUUAAAGACCAGCUAGAGAGUGCUCAGCAAGUACUUGCUCAAGCUGCACCCAGCCCAGGGGAGGACACAGACACUGAAGAAGGUGAUGACUUUGAAUUACUUGACCAGUCAGAGCUGGAUCAAAUUGAGAGUGAAUUGGGACUUACACAAGACCAGGAAGCAGAUGCACAGCAAAGUAAGAAGUCUUCAGGCUUCCUUUCAAAUUUCCUUGGAGGCCAUUAAUCUGGGAAUCAGCCUCCAGCAGCACAGAUAAACCACCAAAAAAUUUCAAACAAGACAAAAAAAAAAAAAAAAAGACAAAAAAAAAAAGGAAAAAAAAAAUUGAACUGUGAGCUUUAAUGAUUACUUUAGAUUUUUAUUUUCCCUUCUGCAGUGAAUUAAUUGGAUAUAUAUCAGCUGACACUGAUAGAUUGAUAUUUCUGAUAGUUAUUUUUACGUAAUAAGCAUGGAAAUGAACUUUAUAUAUAUAUAAAUAUAUAUAAAUACUGUGUUGUCAGAAAAUAUUAGGGGUUGUUUUUAAAGCAUAAAGAAAAGAAUACCCAAAUACCAAAUUAUUAAGAUCCUUCUAUAUAAGUAUUCUCUAUUUUUACUUAUAAUUAAUUUUUAAGCAUGCAAAAUUUUGUUGUCACUGAAAAAUAUUAAUAAUUGUGAAUUCAUGUUGUAUCCUCUCCCUUACUCCUAAUACUUGCAAACAGUUAAAAAAUAAAACCUGAUAGACUUCAAUAUAAAAAAAACAAAUUAUCAGGAUGUCUUUAGUUGAAGGAUUUGGGAAAUACUAUGAAAAUUAAUUUCCUAGGAAAUAUUUUUAAAACAUACUUAAGCGCUAUGGGUAAGCUGAAACAUUUCCAUGUUCUCUCUGUAGAACAGAGGCUUAAUUGUAAGGUGGCAUUCUACAUUGUAGACACAGGCUUAAUUGUAAGGUGGCAUUCUACAUUGAUUGCCAUCUCUAGGCUUGCAGUGGGUGGUAUUAACCCAUAGAGAGUGAGUAGUUACGUAUCACAUAGAUGGUGGUUAUGAUGCAAACAGAGAUUCAGCUGUUUUAUUGUUCAGUUUUGUCAUGUUUGUAAUAGGAGUGUUGUAAGUACAGGUCUAUUCUGCCUGUUUAGACUUAAGUUAAACCUUCAUCUUUUAUAUUGUUUCAUAGAAAGAGUCUCCUAAAAUCGUGAAACUAGUUCUUGAUAUGUUCUAUGAGUGAUGUGGUCAUCAGCAAUAAAAAAAGUGACUUUUUCUUAUUUGUUAGAUAGAAGAGAGGAACUUGCUUGGCUUUAAAGUGUAUUUAUUUGCCAUUGAAGUCUAAAUAUGUAAUCUGUUUCUUAUUGGGAAGUUAAAUAUAUAUUUUACUUAAAAUUUUUUGGUCACCUAUAAUCAAAUUUGACUUGCAGUUUAAAACAAAGGACUAAAAAGCAGAAACCAAGAUAGCUUUUGUUUUUGUGAUACAGACUUUUAGUAGUGUUGAGGGACCAUGUCAGCAACUAUCUAUAAACUCAUAAAUCUUCAGUUAGAGCUGGCAUUUCUGCAGAUGCACAGACAUCUGAGAUCCUCAGAAAGGAAGGAUAAUCUAAGAAUAUAGGAAAUCAGCAUUCCCCUCCUUUCAUUGUAUCUCUUAUAUUUCUAAAAAUGAAUUAUAGGUUUUAAUGUAGAAUCUUAUUUAUUUUUUCUUUCUGAGGUAUUAAAAUAUCUAGACUGAAUUUUGCCAAAUGUUAAAGGGAGAAAAGUUACUGAAAACUUCGAACAUUUGCUUUUUGUGACUAAGCUUAUGUUUCAUUAGUGCCUCAUGACUGUGUUUGAUGUCCCUUAUUGAUACUAAGUGAGCCUGUGCCUUCAUUAUCUUGCCCAUUUUGGUACAAAUGUCAACCUGUGUUAGAAAAUCUCUGACUGUGGGUUUUGGAAGAAUAUACCUGAAUUCUACUCAAUAAGUUUCUGGACAUGAAGAAAAAUACAGUCACAUAUUUAUAAAA